CUUGUAGUUGUUAUGAACUAGCGAGGGCUUUUUGGUAAAAUUGACCUAACCUUCAGUUCGUAACAGUCAGCUGCAAAGGGAAAGAAAAAACAAAACAAAACCAAACCGUCUCCUUUGGUUUCUGCUUGUUAAGUUUUGGUCUGAAAUUGAAGAGGCAACACAUUAAUGUGUUAAGCAUUUAGCUGAACUUAGAUUAUGUCCGAUUCCGAGCAUAAACUGAUGGCCUUGAAGAAGGCCUAUGCGGAUAUUAUUUUGAACACGGCGAAAGAGGCGGCGGCGAGGAUAAUGGUGUCGGAGAGGAAAGCGAUGAGAUAUCAGAAGGAGCUGUUUACGGCGAAAGAAGACGCGUUGCGUAUGCUGCUUCGGCUUAAGCAAAUGUUGGAUACUAAGGUUAAUGAAGCACAGGUAGCAGCCUUGUAUAAACAAAGUAAGAUAGACGAACUUGAAGCACAACUUGGUGAAGCAGAAGAUGUAGUAAAAGAUCUUAGAGCAGAGUUGAUAGAAGCACAAGAUGAAUUGGAGAGGGCAACAAACGAUCAAAUGCGACUUUUGGAUGAACAAAAUGCCUAUGGUGAUGUUGCUACUAUGAUGACAGCAUCACUGGACAACAGACUCAAUACUUCUGUGACUAUGGUGUCUUCUCUACCAGAUGCAAUAUCUGAAUUGGUUGUGACGUCUGAUGUGAAGAAUUCACCUUUGAAGAUGACUUUUGAGGGGAACCAAUGUUAUGGUGAAAAUGGUUCUCAUAAAGAUAAUUGUAUUUUUUGCAAUUCUGACUUUGCCUCUAUAGUUACAAGAAGAAAAGAGCCUAAGCUUUACAGGAAUGGGUGCACCCAGAGAAUUCAUGCAUUUGAAAGAAACCUCUUAGGUGGAAAUUUGUCUCUUCCUGGGCAAGUAGAUGAUGGAAAAAAUGAAACCUCUAUUGGAGAAGAUGAAGAUGCAUGCACAAACCUUGACGCUGGGGCUGAUAAAAUGGAUGGAGUAGAGAAUAAUCCAGAUGAAUACAAAAUGACAGAGGGAAAUAGAAACUGCAUUUCAGUUCAAUCUUUGAAGUCCUUUUACUGGAAAAGAAAAAGAGCUGGCAGAUAUAAGAAAAGAAAGGUUUUCUUUAGGAAUUUUCCAGAUGGGGUUGUAGAAACAACUCAAGAAUCUGAUCAUUUCCGCCCCAGGAAUUUCCCUGAUGCAGUUGGUGACGAUGUCCUACUUGAUUCCUCUAAGAUAUUUGAAACUAAAGCUGAGAAGGAUUCAGAAUAUCUGUCAACCCAGCAAUCACUGUCAGAUAAUGGUAGGAUGAUUUUUCAGUCAGAAUGUGCAGAAGUUAUUGAAAGUGAUUUUGAGUUUCACAAUGCUUGUACUGUUCAAACCCUAUCAAACAAUGAUGACUUGUUGGUAGAUACAUUGGAGUUGACAAGUCAGGAAUGUGGAUCUGUAGAGAGUUCUGAGGUUCCAGCUUGCAGUGCAGAUGCUCAAGCUGUCAAUAUGCCUUCAGUAAAUUCAGAUGUUAAAGCGCCUAAUUUAACGGAAGGGAUUCCUACUCAACCUUUAUAUGUUAAAUUUCUCAAGUAUACCUUCCAAAGGAAGCAGAAGAAGGAAUCUUUGAACGGUUAUGAUGGGAAUUCUUCUGCCAAAGAAAGCAUUGUGAAGACAAAGAUGGGGGAAAAGCAAAAUGGUUCUUUGGAGUCACAUACGUCAACUGAAUCAUCUCGAGAUAGUCAAUGACUAGCACAGUUGGCUUGUCAGCUUAUAUGACUGACUGAGAAGAAAUGCUGUAUUCGGCCGAAUGGAGCAAGCACAGAAUUGACCCCAUCCUAACCCUCUUCAAUGUAGCUCAGAAGACGAUGUUUGUCGAACAAUUCUGAUGAAUAGGCUGCAGAUUAUGAAGGGAAAGCUAUACAUCUCCAACUUUAUAAUAUAUAUAGACAUGUUCAUCAAGAAAUCAAAAUUGUUGUACUUUCUGUAAUUGCUGCAUCAUAUUAUAUUAUAUUUAAGUAGUCUGAUGAAAUUAUUUGGGGUGGUUUAAUGGAAGCCUUUAGUAAAAUUGUUA